AUGGGAACAAAGUUUUGCACCCCACGCUCUCCCAAAUCCGCCGCCACCGCAGCCGCCGAGCAACGCGGCGAGGAGUCGGAGUCAGACCCAGACUUAUUCUUCUCUAACAGCAAACUCUCCACCUUCAUAGACAUUCUCCGCUCACUUGCCGGCCUCGUCCUGCUCGGCGGUAUCCUCAGCUACUUCAUCACAAGCUCUUCCUUCAGCUGGGGCUGGCGGCCGGCGUGGACACGUACCGGCCCACUGAAGACGAUGCUGUUCGGGCCCAUUUCACUGACGCCCGUCGAGUUGUCGCUCUACAAUGGCACCGAUCCUGCCUUGCCCAUAUACGUCGCUGUCAAUGGGUCUAUAUACGAUGUCUCUGCCUCGCCGCGACUCUAUGGGCCGGGAGGAAGUUAUAGUUUUUUUGCGGGGCGCGAUGCGGCGAGAGCGUUUGUCACGGGCUGUUUUCAGGAAGAUUUGAAUGCUGAUUUGAGAGGUGUGGAGGAAAUGUUUGUUCCCGUUGACGACGAACGAAGUGAGGCGUCUGGCGAAGCAACCGGAAAAACAAAGACCAUGACACCAGCGCAAAAAAAGAUCCAGCGCGAGCGCGAAUACCGCACCGCACGCACCAAAGUCCGCGACGCCAUCCAGCACUGGCAGCGCUUCUUUGAGAAUAAUGACAAGUAUUGGAAAAUCGGCAACGUCCUGCGGGAUCCCAACUGGUUGGAACAUGAGCCGGUGAAGCCGCUGUGUGAGGCGGCGCAGCGGGCGAGACCGAAGCGCGGUACGGAGAAGGCGGGGGGAUAG